AUGAAUAAAAAAAUGGCAAAUAUUUCUUUCCGAGAGCAAAUGCAAGGUUUCCCACUUUGGCAAAUGUUUGUCAUUAGUUGUAUUCGAUUUUCCGAACCAAUAGCAUUCACAUCAUUAUUCCCCUAUGUUUAUUUUAUGAUUCGAGAUUUUAAUAUAGCUCCUCAUUCAACUGAUAUCGCCAAAUAUUCUGGUUAUUUAUCAGCAUCAUUUGCAUUUUGUCAAUUUUUCUGUUGUGUACAAUGGGGUAAAGCAUCCGAUAAAUAUGGUCGCAAAAGAAUUUUAUUAAUGGGGUUAUUAGGGACUGCAAUAUCAAUGAUUAUAUUUGGGUUUUCACCUAAUUUCUGGGUUGCAAUGUUUGCUAGAUCUCUUAUGGGGUGUCUAAAUGGGAAUAUAGCAGUAUUGAGAACUGCUAUUGGAGAAAUCGCUACUCAUAAAAACCAUCAAUCAAUUGCAUUUAGCACAUUACCCUUGCUUUGGAAUUUUGGUGCCGUUAUUGGUCCUAUUAUCGGUGGUUCCAAAUAUUUUACCCGCCCUAAACAAAGAAAUGAUAUUGAUAAUUAUCAACUGGGCGAAUUGCUGAACUUGGGGAGAAUUUUUAUGUUUAUGGCUCAAGAUCCUCAACUGCCAAGUAGUGGCGACAACAACAGUUUAUACAAUAGAUUUAUGAACAAAUAUCCUUAUGCAUUAUCUAAUAUUGUCAUUGCUGGGAUCUUAAUGUUUAGUUUUGUAAUGGGGUUUUUAUUUCUUGAAGAAACUCACUCUCGUACAAAGAACAAAAGAGACAUAGGUUUAGAAAUUGGUGAUUUUAUUCUAAACAAACUUGGUUAUGAUACCCCAAUUAGAUCUUGGCAAAGGACUAAACAUUCUAGAAUUGAACCAAUUGUUGAACAAUCACAAUCAACCCAAGAUAGUUCUGAUACCAUUUCUUCAUUAUCAAGUGAUGACGACAAUUCCAACCCAGAAAUUGAAAGAUUAAUUGUUGCUCCACAACCAUUAUACAAUUCAGUUGAUGACAACAACGAAGACGUCCACGAAAGUGAUCAAACAUCAAAUGAUGAAGAAGACAACAAAUAUAUUGGACCAAUGCCUAGACGAUAUUCUGAUGCCUUAGUGAGACGUUAUUCUUCAGCACAAUUGGGACCAGUUUUAUCUCAUACAAUAUCAAACACUUCAGUUAUUUCAACUAAUGUGGAACAGAAAUUCACACGUGAUAUUUUCACUCCAUCAGUGGUACUGGCCAUGACUGUUAAUUUCUUUUUAUCAUUCCAUACAGUUGUUUAUUCUGAAUUCUUACCCGUGAUGCUUGCUGGAGAAUUAAAGCCAGAAAAACUGAAAUUGCCAUUUAAAUUAGUUGGAGGAUUUGGAUACGAUAGUGAUACUAUUGGUAAUCUUUUAUCAUUUACUGGGUUAAUCGGUACGUUAUCAGUAAUGUUUGUUUUCCCAUUUCUUGAUCGUCAUUAUCGACCAAUUACUAGUUUAAGAGCUUCACAAAUAAUUUUCCCCAUUCUAUACCCAAUUUUACCAUAUUUAGUGUUUACCCAUCAUGUAUAUAAUAGUGCCAACCCACCAUGGCUAACAAAGACAUUACUUUACGUAUUGUGUUGUAUCUUGACCGGUUCAAAUGCCGUUGGAUUCCCCAAUAUCAUUGUAUUAAUUCAUCGUUCAUCACCAGAACAACAUCGUGCAUUCAUAAACGGAACAUCAUUGAGUUUGAAUUCAUUAGCUCGGUUUUUAGGACCCAUGCUUUGGGGGUAUGUCAUGACCAUUAGUGAAGUUUUAGAAAUCGGGGAAUUAUCAUGGAUACUAUUGGGUGGCUUAUCUUUAAUUUGCUGUACUUAUGCAUUUAUGAUGAAAGAUACUGAUGAAGAUGAGGAAGAUCCAAUUGCUGAAGAUAAUGUAUAG